UCAUGGUUUUAAAUCUGAUAGAAUAUUUCUCUUUCCUCUCUUUAUGAAUUCACAGACAUUCUUACUGCAGCUGCUGUCAUGGAGUUAAACAUUUGCUGUACUGUCGCAUAUGAAAGCAGUUAAUCUGUUUGGGACUGUUUACUUGCUAAAGCCUGUGUUAGUCAGCAGAGGCAGUACACCAGAUUUCCUUGUGGCUUUUAGUGGAAAAUGUUAAAAGCGCACUUAUUUUUCAGUUAUAGAAUUUUCAGUUUGAUCUGAAUUAGUCACAGAACUGGCAUGAACCCUCUAAUUGUGAAGGCUGUCCAAAUGCACUAUUUUUUUCUCCUGCUAGAGGAAGUUACAUCCUGAGCAGCUCAGCUCUCUGGUAAGUGUAACAUGUGAGCAUUACUAGGCAUUUCAUCCUGCGGGUCUGCGGGCUUGCUCUUCAGACUGUUGCUCUGCUGAAACGCUUCUGUGGGACCAAUUCUGAGGUUAUGUGGAUAUUUCUCAAGAACCUACUCGUUUGAGGAUAUCAGAGGCCUUUUGAAAGAUCAUCCGAGGAACAGGAAAGCGUCUGAAAUCAACUGAAAAGGGUAACUGCAGCGGUUGUCACCGGGGACGGGAACUGUAUUGGCACAGAGGCAAAUGACUGAAUAAAGUAGUUGGCUCAGAGAAGAUGCACAGUCUGCUGUUUUUCCUCUGAAUGAAGACUGUUUAAUGGAAGCUGUACUCCUGUAGAGAUGAAAGGAAAUACUGGGGUGAUAAACUACUUUCUUCCCUUCUCUUUAAAAUGAAAACUCUGAAGCAGUAACUGGAGCUCAAAGGUCUUCUGAUUCGUUUGCUGUCUGCUUGUUGUGCUAGGAUUCUCCACUGACACCAUUUCUGCCUGGUGCCUGUGUCUUUUUACUGGGCAGCCAGAAACGACUGCCUGAUGGAGAAAGAAUGAAAGCUUUGCCUUGCCCAUGUUACUGACAGGAUAAAGCUGUCUGCGUUUCAUCUCCUCUGUGCGAAGUCUGGAUUAAUCAACUUGUGUUCUGGUACCAGAAGUCCUGUUGUCUCCUGCGAUCUGACUCAUCACGUGUAAACGUGCUGCAGCUCUGCUGUUAGUGCAGAGUGGUAGCCGCUUUUCUUUCUUCCCUAAACACAGAGGGCGCUGUCAGCCCCUGAGCUUCAUUGUCAGGGUUAUGUUAAAUUCUAUAUUUCAGGGUUUGUUGUCUGGAUAAUAUCUGUAUGAAGUCAGUGAAGCUGAAAAAAUGAAGACAAAUUACAAGUGGAAACAGAAUAGUGAGAAUCUGUUUUAUUUUCAGCUACAAGCCGCUCAGCCUACUGGUAACUAUAUGACCUUGCAGACAAGAGGGGGGAUAUCGGUGGCCACCUCUAUCACAGCAGUUGUUUCUAAUUUCAUUUUUUAUGGUGUGGUGUCGUGUCACCCAAAACAAUGAUUGUUUUGUACAAGUAAAUUUCAGAGCUCAUUUUAACAAUUUAACUAUUUUGGUGAAAGAAAAGUAUUUUUGAAAGAAUUAGCCCUAGACUUGAAUUUUAAUUAUUGACACAUUGUCUGCAGUAACGCGGCAAAAAAAAGAAAUAGGUUUUUAUUUCUAGGGAGUUAUGUUUCAUAAUUUUAAAGUUCAGUUUCUGUACUAUUGCUCACUGUAAACCAGCAGCACUGCUCAGAGAAUGUUCAUAAGUGGUAUACAGAAGAGGAGGAAAAGCUGCUCGCACUCUUCCCACUCUGUCUUCUAUCACAUAGCUUGAAGCUUAAUGUUUUAAAAGAGCGAAUGAGUCGAGUGUGUAUUGUUGUUUUGGAGGAGGUAGAAGAUGAUUCUCCUGUAUUCAUUUCUAACUUGCCCCAGGAAAGUAAAUCUCUACAUUCUCCACCUUCUGGAAAUGUAUUGCCAUCACUUGUGCAAGCUAUAUUUAAUGGUGAUCCAGAUGAAGUUCGAGCACUAAUAUUUAAGAAAGAAGAUGUUAACUUUCAGGACAAUGAAAAGAGAACUCCGUUACAUGCUGCUGCCUAUCUUGGAGAUGCAGAAAUCAUUGAACUGCUUAUUUUAUCUGGAGCUAGAGUUAAUGCCAAAGACAGCAAAUGGUUGACACCUUUACACAGAGCAGUUGCAUCUUGUAGUGAGGAAGCAGUUCAGAUACUUUUGAAGCAUUCUGCCGAUGUUAAUGCUCGAGACAAAAAUUGGCAGACCCCUUUACAUAUAGCUGCUGCUAAUAAAGCUGUAAAGUGUGCUGAGUCUUUGGUGCCUCUUCUGAGUAAUGUGAACGUAUCGGAUCGAGCAGGGAGAACUGCAUUGCAUCAUGCAGCUUUCAGUGGGCAUGGUGAGAUGGUCAAACUGCUACUGUCUAGAGGUGCCAAUAUUAAUGCUUUUGACAAGAAAGAUAGGCGUGCCAUCCACUGGGCAGCGUAUAUGGGUCACAUUGAAGUAGUGAAAUUGCUUGUCUCUCAUGGAGCCGAAGUUACAUGCAAGGAUAAAAAGUCUUAUACACCUCUUCAUGCAGCAGCCUCUAGUGGAAUGAUCAGUGUAGUCAAGUACCUUCUAGAUCUUGGAGUUGAUGAAGGAAUACUGUUCUCUCGGUAUAUAUUGGAUCCCUGGAUGAAUGAACCAAAUGCCUAUGGAAACACACCUCUUCAUGUGGCCUGUUACAAUGGACAAGAUGUUGUUGUGAACGAGCUCAUAGACUGUGGUGCUAAUGUAAAUCAGAAGAAUGAAAAAGGGUUCACUCCUCUGCACUUUGCUGCUGCGUCAACACAUGGAGCACUGUGUUUAGAACUCCUGGUUGGCAAUGGGGCUGACGUCAAUAUGAAGAGUAAAGAUGGGAAAACCCCACUACACAUGACUGCUCUCCAUGGUAGAUUCUCCAGAUCACAAACCAUUAUCCAGAGUGGAGCUGUAAUUGACUGUGAAGAUAAAAAUGGAAACACCCCUUUGCAUAUAGCAGCCCGGUAUGGCCAUGAACUGCUAAUCAACACUCUUAUUACGAGUGGUGCUGACACAGCAAAGCGUGGUAUACAUGGAAUGUUCCCGCUCCAUUUGGCAGCCUUAAGUGGUUUUUCGGACUGCUGCAGGAAACUUCUUUCUUCGGGGUUUGACAUAGAUACCCCAGAUGAUUUUGGCAGGACCUGUCUGCAUGCAGCUGCAGCUGGAGGAAAUUUGGAGUGCCUAAACCUUCUGCUGAAUACGGGUGCAGACUUCAACAAGAAGGAUAAAUUUGGGAGAUCUCCACUGCACUAUGCUGCUGCCAAUUGCAAUUACCAGUGCCUGUUUGCUCUUGUGGGAUCAGGAGCGAGUGUGAAUGACCUUGAUGAAAGAGGCUGUACACCCCUGCACUAUGCAGCGACGGCAGACACAGAUGGCAAGUGCCUGGAAUACUUGCUAAGAAACGAUGCAAAUCCCGGGAUCCGGGACAAGCAAGGGUAUAAUGCAGUUCAUUACUCGGCCGCAUAUGGUCACCGUCUGUGUCUUCAGCUGAUUGCAAGUGAAACUCCUUUGGAUGUUUUAAUGGAAACCUCGGGAACAGACAUGCUGAGUGACUCAGAUAAUAGAGCAACAAUAAGCCCUUUACAUUUGGCUGCUUAUCAUGGUCAUCACCAGGCCCUGGAAGUGUUGGUACAGUCUUUGUUAGAUCUUGAUGUAAGAAAUAGUAGUGGUAGAACACCCUUAGACCUCGCAGCAUUUAAGGGCCAUGUUGAGUGUGUGGAUGUGCUCAUUAAUCAGGGAGCUUCAAUCCUCGUAAAAGAUUACGUUUUGAAGAGAACGCCUAUCCAUGCAGCAGCAACAAAUGGUCAUUCAGAAUGCUUACGGUUAUUAAUAGGAAAUGCAGAACCACAGAAUGCAGUAGAUAUUCAAGAUGGAAAUGGACAGACACCUCUUAUGCUGUCUGUUCUCAACGGACACACGGACUGUGUAUACUCACUACUGAACAAAGGAGCAAAUGUAGAUGCCAAAGAUAAGUGGGGAAGGACAGCAUUGCAUAGGGGGGCAGUUACAGGCCAUGAAGAAUGUGUAGAUGCAUUACUUCAACAUGGUGCUAAGUGCUUACUACGGGACAGCAGGGGUCGGACACCUAUACACUUGUCAGCUGCCUGUGGACACAUUGGAGUUCUUGGAGCCCUUUUGCAGUCAGCAGCAUCCAUGGAUGCAAAUCCAGCCAUAGUAGACAAUCAUGGGUAUACAGCACUUCACUGGGCUUGCUACAAUGGUCAUGAGACAUGUGUGGAACUACUGUUAGAACAGGAUGUUUUCCAGAAAAUUGAUGGAAAUGCUUUCAGUCCAUUGCAUUGUGCUGUGAUCAAUGACAAUGAAGGUGCUGCUGAGAUGCUUAUCGAUACCUUAGGAGCCAGCAUUGUGAAUGCCACAGAUUCAAAGGGAAGAACGCCUCUCCAUGCCGCUGCCUUCACAGACCAUGUAGAGUGUUUACAGCUGCUGCUCAGCCAUAAUGCUCAAGUCAAUUCCGUGGACUCUAGUGGAAAAACACCGCUCAUGAUGGCUGCAGAAAACGGACAAACCAAUACAGUUGAGAUGCUGGUUAGCAGUGCUAGUGCAGAUCUAACUUUACAAGAUAAGAGUAAAAAUACCGCCCUUCACUUGGCUUGCGGCAAGGGUCAUGAAACUAGUGCCUUGUUAAUACUGGAAAAGAUAACAGAUAGAAACCUCAUCAAUGCAACCAACGCAGCCUUGCAAACGCCUCUGCAUGUUGCUGCCCGAAAUGGGCUAACAAUGGUUGUUCAAGAGCUUCUGGGGAAAGGAGCUAGCGUUCUUGCCGUCGAUGAAAAUGGUUACACCCCAGCUUUGGCCUGUGCUCCCAAUAAGGAUGUGGCUGACUGCCUGGCUCUCAUUUUGGCCACCAUGAUGCCUGUCUCGUCAAGUAGUCCAUUGUCAUCCCUGACAUUCAAUGCCAUUAACCGUUAUACCAACACCUCAAAAACUGUUAGCUUUGAAGCCUUGCCUAUCAUGAGGAAUGAACCUAGCUCCUAUUGCAGUUUCAACAACAUUGGUGGGGAACAAGAGUACUUGUACACUGAUGUAGACGAGCUCAACGACUCUGAUUCUGAGACCUACUGAAAGGCUGAGUUAGAGGUCUAAGGAAGUUCUGACACUGAAACUUCAAACUGGGCUUUUUCAGGAAAAAAGCACUUUUCUUACCCAUGCACCAUUCAUCCUAAAGAAAAAUCACGCAGUGAACGAAUAGAAGAAAUGUGAUGACAUUAGGAAGAAUCUCAAAGGCAAGUUUUGCAAAAGGAACUUCUAGAAUCUUAAUAAUGACUUGACCAGUGGAAAACACAUUGAUGUCCAUUGCUCUGUGGGAUUGUUUAAUUGGCUUUGCAGUGCCAGAAAUUUGGGACACUGCCCCCUGAUCUGCUUAUACGGGCACCACUGCUGUAAAGGAAGAGAUAAAGACACUAGGUUAAAUUUUACCCAUAAAAUUACAGCUAAAUUUAAAUGCAAUAAAAGUUUGGUAUAGUAGGCAUUAUGUAUACACAGAAUUGCCAAAGGACCAAAUAACGUACAGAUUUUUUUUUUAUUAGAGCGCCAUUUUGUGGAAACAGGAAUAGGUGAAAUGAACCAUCAAAAGCAACUUCAGUACUUCUGAAAAUGAAGCUACGAUUUGGUUUGGUGUUGGUUUUUGUAAGGAAAAUAUCUGAAAGCCUUCCAGUGCUAUAUUAAACCAUGAGAGAAAGAAGAUGUCUUUUUAUGUUUUUUAACAUAAAAGUUUUAAGAUUCCAGUUUUUGUAGAAUUCGGACCCAGCUGACUAGGUGCAGUGUGAGUAAGAGUACUUGUGACAAAGAUGAAGCUUAGGUCUGCUGCCUGCUCUUGAGUGGCUCCCUUUUAAAUUGAACUAUCUUUGUUUAAGGAAUUCCAUAGGGGAAACUCUUUUUGAUGAAAUUAAAAAUCAGAUUAUUUUACAUAUUGUAUCCCAGUGGUCCUGGGAAAUGGGACUGUUUGAGCCUCUGCUUGGGUGGCACACUUUGGGCUGGAGGACUUUGUUGUCAUUUAUUAAUCUUUGAGCUUUGCAAAGCAAGAAUCAAACUAAAAACUUUUAAACUUUUGUUAUGAGACAUCAUCUAAAGCUGGUUUUAGAUUGUAUAAAAACUGGAAUUUAAAAUUUUUUUAUAUAAAAGAAAAAAGACAUCUGCUCUCUUUUAUGGUUUAAUGCAGCAGGAAGGCUUUUUUUUGUUUCAAAUAGGGUUUCUCUGUGUAGCUGUGGCUGUCCUGGAAUUUACUGUGUAGACCAGGCUGGCCUUGAACUCAGAGAUCAACCUGCCUCUGCCUCCUUAGUGCUGGGAUUAAAGGUGUACACUACUGUUUAGCUCUUUUCUUUAUGAAAAUCAACAACAAACCAUUUGGCUUCAUUUUCAGAAGUUUUGAAGUUUGCUGUAGAUGAUAUUUCAUAACAUAAACAGAAUCAAGUCACUUGGAAGGCAUUUCUAUAUUGGGCAAAAUUUAAACUACUUCAGGCUUUAGGUUUGACUCAGAUCUAGAGUAGCAUGUUUGCAGCUUGUUACUGUUGGAGAGAGAUUGCCUGCCAACUUGAAGACUGCCUUUCAGGUAAUAGAGAAGGGGCUGAAUUAGGCUUUUAAACACUUCUCUGGUUCUGCUUUUACUGUAACUGUCACUUUCUCAGUAAAAAUGAUUUCACAUGGGGGGGUCUUAAUAGAGCUGGAUAAAGUUCCAUACAUUGCAACAAAAUGAUACCCAAUUCAUCUUAACCUUUUUGUAUUGUGAAACUGGAACUUUAUGACAUUGUAAAUUAUCAGCUGGUUUUUCUGAAUAUAAAGUGUGAAAACACAGAACAGUAUUUUGAUCUAUUUGAUAAUUUUGUGGAUUUUUUGAAGAAUUAAUGAGCAUGUACAUAGAAAUAGUGACUGCUUGAAUACUGUAUUUACUUGCACUCUUUCAGUACAUCAAGAUUCCUGUAUAUUUUAGAGUAUAAUAAAACACAGAUGUGAGUUGUAUUUAAUGAAUAAUGUAUUUGUAUCUGUGCAUAUUACUUAAAAUCUAUAAAGUUUCUAGGGCAUUGACUACUAGAUUUUAAGCAUUUUUUUCUAAAAUAUUUACAAAAUUAUAAAUAUAAUCUCCAUCUUUUCUUUAUAAUAUAAAGAAGUUGUAAUGCACCCUUCCUAAUUAAUAGUGGUAGAAGGGUAAAUAUGCAUUUUAAAGAACGCAGACUACAUUUUCUAUUGUACCUUUUUAAAAAAAACUCAAGAGAAUUCUAAAAGUAUACCAUAUGUGUGCUUUCUCUUUCCUUUUAGGAAUUCUCUUCUGAAUUCCCUGAGGGAAUUUUCUAGAAUCUCAGAAUUGAAAGAGACCUGAGGUUCAUCCAGUCUAACCUCUUAACAAAUGCAGGCGUCCCUUCUCCAAGGUUGUCUUUCCACCUUGAACACUUGCAGUGACUACCUCACAAGCAGUGCAUUCAUUGUUGAGCAGCUCUGUUAGGAAGGGCUCCUUAACGGAGUCGAAGCCUCCCUCCUGGUAACUUCUGUCCUGGGCCCAGCCCUGUCCUCCAAGACAGUGUUGGAAAAGUGAGUCCUCCACCCUCUGCCGUCUUCUCUUUCAUAGGCUGUUGACUCAUUUGCUGAAGUGAUUUCCAGAAGGACUCAUUAGACACAUUGUCUCCACAUCUAAUGCAAUCUAAGGUGUAGCUAUAAAGUAACAAACUCAUCUUUUAAUUUAUCCUCCUAUGUAUGUAGAGACCAUAGAUCCUGCCUCACUUUCUGUAGAUGAUGCCAUAAUGGAAAACAUUUGGGAGGUGGUUUGUGCUGUUGCUGGCCAACUAGGAAAGCUAUUCCUUUGCUAUGUGGUAGUUUGUCCCUAGCUUGAGCAACCCACUUCCUUUGGUGUGCUUUGCACUAGAAGGGGGAAUUCUGAAGUACUGUCACAGAAAGUGUUGACCAACUCCAGUAUUUGGAAUAAAUACACAGCAAAGCACAGCACCGUAAGUUACUUUAUAGUUACAUACACCUAGUGUGCAGAAAAGCCUGGACCUGGUUCUAUGGUGUUUUUAUCCCCACCCAGAAGGGAAAAGCCUGUCAGCCUUUAACUUCUGUGUGAAUGAUAAUAAUCUGAAAUACGUGUAUUACAGUAAUACCAGCUUUUGCUCAAAAACAACUUUGGGGAAAUAGUGAUGAUAGGUGACCUCGAACAGUGCCAUUAGUUCAGGAGAUCUCUAAAUGUAGCUGUAAAUUUGGGGUUAAUUUGGCUUCAUAUAUUGGAUCUUUUAAAUGAAAUAAAAAUUUUUAAUGCAAAAA